AUGCUCCUGUCAUGGUUAACAGGACUAGCGGCUGGAAUAAUCUUCCUGCAUUUCUUGCAGAAACUCGCGUUCCCUUACUUCUGGGACGAUUUCUGGUACCUGCUGAAGGUGGUACGUUAUGGAAUUCGGUUGGAGAUGUACGUACUGAAAGGGGAGCUGUUCACUGUCCUGGAUAAAUUCCUGAGUCUUGCCAAGAAGCAGCCCCAGAAACCUUUCAUCAUCUAUGAGGGAGACAUCCACACCUAUCAGGAUGUGGACAAAAGGAGUAGCAGAGUGGCCCACGUCUUCCUGAACCAUUCCGCUCUGAAAAGGGGGGACACCGUGGCUCUGCUGAUGAGCAACGAGCCUGACUUCGUCCAUGUGUGGUUCGGCUUGGCCAAGCUGGGCUGCGUGGUGGCCUUCCUCAAUUCCAACAUUCGCUCCAACUCCCUUCUGCACUGUAUCCGCAGCUGUGAGCCCAGGGCCCUCGUGGUAGGCGCAGAUCUGCUUGGAACUGUAGAAGAAAUCCUUCCGAGCCUCCCAGAAGGUAUCACUGUUUGGGGGAUGAACGAUUCUGUUCCACAAGGCGUAACCUCACUCAAAGAAAAACUGGGCACAGCGUCUGACAAGCCCGUGCCUCGCAGCCUCCAUGUGGCUUCAAGCCUCAAGUCUCCUCAUCUUUAUAUUUUUACCUCUGGAACAACAG